AUGCGCGAUGGCGAGCGUUCUGCCGCCUCCCCCUCUUUGCCAUCCGCGUCGGCGUUACCAGCCACGAUGGAGGUGGUUGUGCAGACGCCGUUCAUUUCUGUCGAAGGGCUUGGUGCUGACGCAGUCGCUGCCGCCAGCGACGAUGCGCAGCAACGUCCGAUACGGCUGCAACAUCAUGCCCACGGGCCUGACUCAGCUUGUCUCACCUACACAGACUCAUGCCUCACAGCGAGGCUGGCUGACGUGAUCGCCGAGGAGCUCUUGCAGGGGCACGCUCUGCAGCAGCACGGAGGCGUGGGCAGCCACAGAAUUCGCAGUGCCUCGGCAACAACCGCAGCAGCCACAGCAGAAAAUCGUGAAGUGCUGACUUUCACCAUGGGGCCGCAGGGCGCGGCCAACUCCUCUUUUCUCUUUGGCGGCACGCUGGGGUGGCCAUCGAGGCAGCGACCGCUGUCACCGACGGUAUCGCCGUCAUCCCAGGCUUGGAGUGGAUUGUUCGCCGCCGUGUUGAACCGUCUUUUCGCGCCGGCCAACGCGCCUGCCGACACCCGCGUUGUAGCAGCCAUGAGUGUGACGGAGGUGCGCGACGCGGCCCCGCUCCGCCAUCCUUCUGUGCUGCAGCGACCGCGAUCGACGGUGGACCUGCUCUCUGACACCGUGCUGCGCACCGAGAUCGACGAGACGGAGGGGCUGGACGACUCUGUCGAUUACCCGUCUGACAUACCAGCAGCCUGCUAUGUGCGUGUGGAGUCUAUUCACGACGCCAUGGCGGUGCUCUACGCGGCUCUUUCGUGCUCGGCCGGCUGGCGGCACACUCAACCUCUGGCAGGCGAGGCAGGGCAUCCAGAGGCGGAUGCGUCAUCCUCUUCGCCGACCGCCUUCGCGUUCUUGCAGCCGGCAUGCGAGCCGCUGGAGGAGAGGAUGUGUCACGUGUGUGUGACCCUCAUCGUUUCCUGCGAGCCCCUCAGACCGCUGCAGCACCAGGAGGUGCAACAGCCGCCGCCGUGGACGACGCGGCGUGCGAUGGAUAAUUUCCGUGACGAGGCCGGUCACAAGCGUGGCUCAUCCGGUCCUGCCGCACUGCUCUCAGCGGCGUCAGGAGUGCCGGCACCAGUUGGUAUCUGGAAGCUGUGGGACGUUGCCGGCCCCAGCGUGUCCUGCGGCUACCGUCCACUGAAGGCCUCUUCUCCAAAGAGCGCAGAGGGUCAAGGAGGCAGAUCGGCAGUGGGCUGCACAACGGCGGUCCUGGCAGCAAAAAGACGCGCCGCUCCCGCGCCGUUGCCCACACCGCUUCUGCCGUGGAGCAGCCGAUACAGCCUCGCUGCCCUCACGCACACCUGUCUCGCCGAGGUCGGCGCUACCCUGAGCACCUCCGCUUUCUCCGUGUCGAGAGGGUCCGUUGACAGCUUGAUUCCUGCUCUGCGCCAUGACACUAGCACUUCCCUCCAGAUCGCGUCUAGUGCGGUAUCGUCGUGCUCCCUGGUCGUGCCCAUCUGUGCCGUGGUAGCGGAGGCGACUGCAGAUGACGUCAACAGCAAGGUGCUGGCUGCUGCGGCUGGCUGGGCUGCACUUGGGCGAGAGCAUCAGCAGGAAAGGCAACAACACCACGAGGGGCGGCCCCGUGUGCGGGGUCUUGAUAACGCAGAUGCAGCGAGGCGAGUGCUGCACGAGUACGCGGUGCUGUUGAAGGAUUUUGUGGCAGAGCGCUAUGGCGCAGUCGAUGGCGGUGGCACUGCUUCACCGCCCUUUGCUGCAGCGCGAUCGCCAUCGGCGUCGUUGAUGGCUUCGCGGUUGCCGGUCAACAACGAUGAAGAGGGGGGCAGUGCGAGGCCGGAAGCGGCGCCCGCUCCACGAGUUUCUCCGAUGCAAGCAUCACUGUCCACCCGUGUGGCGGUCGACACCUCCCGUGCUGCGACGCCCAGCGAGUGCGGCGUCGCGCUGUGCGUCGGUGCCGCUCCGAUGAGGAGUAUGUCUAUGAACACUGUGGCAGUCGGCACCGACGUGGCGGUGACAGUGCCGCUCAGCAUCAAUGUGACGAGGGACGCGGAGGACUCUACCGGCUUUAGCCCUCGACCACGAGUGGAGGCGGAUGUGCGGUCUAAAAAGCUGGCGGACAACCCACAAGGCGUUCUCCAUCAGGCUCGCGCUGAUACACGCGCCGUGGGAGCAGUGAGGAACACACCCGAGGCAGCGCUUUCUGCAGCCCCUCCUGCGACUUCGCCAGCCAGCGUGGCUGCCACGUGCGCCACGGCUGCGACACACGCCGAGGAGGCACGGCUGCAGCGCUUCCACUCUCUCUUUGAGUCCGAGUCUUUCGAUGUGAGCGAGGAAGCGGAGGCGACUGCGGCCAUGGAGGCUGCGAGGCAGGACGAAGCGCCCUCAGGCCUUGACACAAGCAGCGUCAUGGCACAUAAUGGGCAUCACAAGGAGCAGACGCCUCUACCGCAGCACACACCACAAGUGAGGGAUUCCGGCUCUCCACCUUCUGUGCUUCGAACCGGUCGACACCCAGGUUCCAGGGCACGUAUUCGUGAGCCAAGCUCGCUCGAAGGACAGCGAGCGCCCCUGCCGUCAGCGCCGUCACACAUCGGCGUCGACUCUGCGGAACAUGACUCGAUGGCAGACAACGACACCACCGCCGCGUCUCUGUGCCCUCCCCAAGCACUCCUCUACGACACAACUAUGACCUCUCAAGGGGAAGGGCCGUGUGCGGCGGAGGUCGUAGCUUCCGCGGCCUGUGACGCUGCAUCUCACGCCUGUGAGGACCCCACGCAGACACCAGCGCCUUCCUUGCCGCCUCCCGACGUGGCCCUCGCCACCUUUCUAGGGCCUUACUGUGACGCGUUUGUGCGGCUGUGCGGCGUCAUGCGCGCCGACGUGCGGGCGUGGCGCGCGCAUGAGGCCGCGACGCUUGACCAGCUGUCUGCCCUAGCCGAGCGUCACACUCGCGAUAUACAGGAGAUCGCGACGCUUCAGCGGCGUCUAGCCACCCAUUUUGGCACCGCGGACGCUCUGCCGGGCUCCAGCGGAGCUUCGACACCGGCUGCUGCACGAGGCCGCAGGGCCGACGUUGGUGCUCUUCUUUGUGGUGCGCUCACUGGCGGCGACCCUGACCUUGCCGCGUCCCGCAGCGCGGCCUUCGCGUCCACCAGCACCCUCAUCUUCGAGCAGCUCGUGAGAUCGGAGGAGAAGGUGGCAUGGCUGGAGCGGCAACUCGUGGAUUGGCGCCGUCGCGCGCGCGAGGCGUCCGUACUUGACACGAGCAGCACAAACGCGGACGCCGCGCCGCUGAUUGCAGGCGAGGGGGAUGGCGAGUCGGCGCUGGAACUGUCUUCCUCUCCUCCUGUAGUGGCGUCAAGGGGCUCCGAGACAGUGGGGAGUGUCUUGUCUGGGCCGAGAGAGGACCCGGCGGCCCCGCACAUGCGCGAGGCCGAGGCGCUUCUGCGGCGCCUUCUUCAGCGCUGCACUCGCGCCUACGCAGCAGCGCAGCAGUGGGGAGAUCGCUGGCACGCGCAGCUGGUGCAGGAGCAGGCGGCCAAGUCCGUGUUACAGGACCGCGUGAUGGAGCUGGAGGCAGAGCUGGCUGGGUUGCGCCGCCAGCGCAGCGAUACGGCCGCUUCGUCGUAUCUUCACCGCCCUCCUGCCACGACGAUAGAUCAGGCUUCGAGUGGGGCACACGCAAGUGCUGCAUCUCGGCCGCCCACAGACUCGCCACCUAGCUGCUUUACUGCAUCGCCGUCUCCUCCAGUGGCUGCGCUGGGUUCCCACUCUCCGUAUUGUACGCUGGAUGGCGUGAAUGCGGAGAGCUCCUUGCUGACUGCCGCGCCGGUGAGUCCCAUCGGCAGCGACGUCGCCUCGUCGCUUCCGUCAUCGUCGGUAUCUCGUGGCUUGCAACGUGGGCGUGAAGACAUAGUGGACCCUGCAACACUGUGGGAUCGCAUGAACGCACAGCGGCUAGCCACGCAUGGAAGAAACAGUGCAGGUGAUCGUGCAGGCACUGACUCCUUCGGCGCUGUCUCAACUCAGCUAGCGGUGCUCCUCUCGCGCGCCGUGCAGGGCGGGGACGCCUGUGCCCCGUCUGCCAGAGCUGAUCUCCAUGCUGGUACUGCGGCGGCAUCAUCGACGUCAGUGGCGGCUCCAGCGUCUUUGUUCGAAAUUCAUGUUGGCGCGUCAAGCACCGUCUCGAGCAGAGGCCCCGACUCGCUCUUCCGCCGUGCCACCGCACGCCCUUCCGCUUCAGCGCCUUUCGUCUUUGCCGGUGAUGCUCCAGAGGUGGCGGCGCGCGCCAGCGACCGAGCCAGCGACGUAGAAAGCUGCGAGCUACGGCAACGUCGACCGACGCCAUCGCGACCGCAGCACGAGCGGCGUGUAGAGGCGGCAGCGACACCGCCUUCGACAACGCACCGCAGUGCACGCGGAAACGACGAAGGCACGUUCGGUGGUGAAGCGCUGCACCAUCAUGUCAGCGCUGGAACGGUGAAAAUUGGCGGCGGUGCACUGGUGUGUGCAGCAUCACACCCGCCACCAUCGCAGUGCCACACCACCAGCGCUGGCGAGCUUGAGGUGUACCCCAGCGCUGCACUAGAGGCUUUGGGGAGGGCUGCCACGCAGCUUGAGGCGGAGGCCGUGCGCCUGUGCGGCGCUGCUCACAACGCAUCGGGUACCGCACCAGGUAGCCAAUGCCACGUAGCGGCGAUCGAGCGUAGACAACUCUACGGAGGCGACGAGGUGGCCGUUCGCAGGGACGAAGACAUGAGAGCUGUGCAUCCCUCCUCGCCCUCUCCUCUCUUUCAGUCUAUGGGGCAGCUUCGAUCUGCGACGCAGGCCGUGCAGCGCGAGGCUCGCGACGCUGCCGAGCGCGAGAGGGCUUACCUCUCUGCGAUACUCUUCUCUUCUACCGCCGCCGGAUCGGAAUGA